AUGCCUCACUGCCUGCUUGAUGUCCUACCAGCUGAGUUAUUCUAUAUUAUUUUCAAUUACUUUUGGGCACAUGAAAUUCUCACGACAUUUUCUAAUGUCAGCCCCUAUCUCGAUUCCAUUCUAGUUUCAUAUUCAAGUUAUCAAGUUAAUUUCAAAUCAAUUCUGAGGCCUCAUUUUGACCUUAUCUGUCGUAUUCUGCGGCCAGAUCAAAUCGUUUUACUGAUACUGUCCGAUUCUGAUGAUACGCCAUGUCAAGCAGAACUUUUCUUAUCUCAUUUUCAAAUCGGAUCACUCACUCGACUACAAUCGUUGACAUUACAUGAAAUUGAAAGAAGAUCGCUGAUGAACAUUCUUGAACAAAUAAAUAGAUUCAAUCAAAAUUUUCAACUUUCAUUGGACAAUUGUGAUAUCCAAGUUCUACUUUCUAUUAAAGUACCAUCUCAAUUAAGAUAUUUAAAAAUUAAUAAGAGCGAUCCACAACUAGCCAUGUAUUAUCGUAGUAGAUUCAGUCUUAACUUUCAGCCUGACCUGCGUGCCUUCGUACGUAUUUGUGAAAAUACACCGCAGCUUCAAUUACUCAAUAUUCAUUGUGAUAACACAAGCAUCAUAAAUGGUUCGCUUUUGGAGCUGGAACAACUCACGUGUCUUGUCCUUAAAAUCGAAAGUUAG